UGCAAUCGCAAUCCUCCAGCUUUAGAAGCGCGCUCGCUAUUCAUGGCCAGGUGUAAUAAACCUACACUGAUAAUAGUUGUAUCCCGCUUGUUUAUCCAUGUCUGAGUUUGCCUCUCGAUCUUGAAGAACAUGGCCGGGCCACGACCUCCCAAUGCUGAGGAAAUAGCAUGGAUGCUGGAGCAUGCUGAUGAUAAUCGCGGUCCUAGUUUCAUUGCUUGCGCUACCAUCGCUGCGGUCAUAGGUACCCUCUGUGUUGCCUUGCGUCUUUGGUCACGACAUAUACAGCAUGGUCGUAUGUAUCUUAUGGCAAGCGACUGGUUCGCAGUGGCGGCGUGGGUGUCGUUAAUGGGAUAUGCUGUCUGUGGCUGCCUCGCAACUAGGUACGGAUUAGGACGUCAUGUUAUCUUUAUUACCGAUCAUCGUCUCUUCUCCAUUAUGGACCUCCUUUUUCGUUUCUUUUACGUACCGGUCGUAACCUUUCUCAAGUUGAGCAUUCUCUGCUUAUACAGAAAUAUUUUUGGGACCACGCGUUGGUUUCGUUGCCUAAUAUGGGUAGCAGCAGCACUGGCAGCUGAACUCGCAAUCCAGAGCACCUUCACCAUCUUUCUCGAAUGCAUACCACUUGCCCAUUUAUGGAACCCAACAUUACCUGCAAGAUGUAUAAACACGAGCAUCGUGGGAUCGGUGGCAUACGCUCAAAAUAUCAUCACUGAUGUCAUAAUCCUAAGUAUGCCUAUUCCACUAAUACGGGGGCUACAAAUAAGCAAGCAGAAGAAAUGGGGGUUAAUUUUCGCAUUUACAAUAGGUACCAGCACUUGCGUAGUGUGUCUCGUUCAAAUCAAGUAUUUCAGCGGUUCCAGUGCAAUAAUAGUAGAUGGCAGUUGGGAUCGUAUGUACCCUAAUUACCUUUCUACCAUCGAAUGUAUGACAGGGUUUAUUGCGACUUCUGUCGUAGUCUAUGGUCCCCUCUACCGACGCCUCUUUCAACGCCCGACUACGCCUAGUCAAGGACCUUUAUUGGAAGAUUAAAAUAUGUUAGAGUUACUAUGGAGAUAACGGUAUAAUACUCACCUUAUGGUUUACAUAACACCUGCCUACUUGAUGCCUUUGAGCAUGCUGUGGGUUAAACUUGUCGAGCUAGUUGGAUCUUGAAGUCUUAUUAUGUAGGUAGAUGAUUACAAACUUUACUAUUAUACCUAUAAUCUCUAUGCUGUGUACAACCGUGUUACCUUAGAAGGAGUAGUAUGAAUAUGUAGCCAUGAUGGAACUAGGUAUUAU